AUGCCACGGGGAGCAAAAACGAGCAAGAAGCGGUCUCGCAAGGAGGCGAGCGACAACAUCGUUGAGGACCUCGACCUCGACGUCGCCGCUGCGGACGCCUACGUGGACGAUGAGGACGUCGUGCAUGACCGCCGUGCCCGCAAGGCGGACCGCGCCGGUGACGUGGAGGAGGACGACGUUCUCACCGUGCUGCCCGCCGAUGCCCACCGCCUCGACGGCUACGGCGACGAUGACCUCGGCGGCUACCAGGAAGAGGAGGAGCUGGCCAUGGUGACAGGGAAGGGUUUGCGCAAGAAGACGACGGAGGAGGACUUCGACGUGGCUGGCGUGUCCAUCGCCCAGGUCGCUUCGGAGCGCAAGGCGGCCGUGAAGCGGAACGCGCUGGAUGCGCUGGAGGCGACGCCCGCCAUUGAGGCGAUUGAGCGUGACUUUGCCGCCCUCACCACGACGGAGCGCCUGGCGGUGCUGAAGAAAGAGUCCCCCGAGCUGCUGAAGCUUCUGGACGACCUCAAGACUUACAUGACCGAAGUGAAAGCCCUUGCCCAGCCACUCCACGAGCUGCUGUACGAACGCAAGGUGUCUGCCUCGGAUCGGAAUCUCGUGUCGUUCCUCGAGACCAAAGUGCAGCUCAUGCUGAGCUACUGCAUGAACGUCACGUUUUACCUCUUGUUGAAGGCGGAGGGCCGCAAGGUGGAGGGCCAUCCUGUAAUUGACCACCUCGUAGAAAUUCGCGUCUACCUCGAGAAAAUGUGGCCGCUCGAGGAGAAGCUGCAGUACUCGUUGAACCGCCUGCUCAGCGGCAAGUCCACUGCCGCUGCCCACCUCACCGAGCUGCGGCCGCUGCCGUCCGGCAAGGGCGGCGUCUUCGAGGCGGGGCGCGCCGCGCAGAACACCGAGGCCCGCGAGCGCCGCCAGCAGCUGCGCCAGAUGCAGGAGGCCGAGGACCUGGAGCGCGAGGAGCAGUCAGCCAUGACACGCGUGCGCACCAAGAAGGCCUCGUUGCUCAACAGCGCCGCCACCACCGCGAGCUCGACGAUUGCGCCGGUGAGCUAUCAAGAGGACGAGGAUCAGUUCUUCUCUCGUAUUACCGGCGGUGGUGCGGGUGUCGACGACGAGGAGGACGAUGAGGGUGAGGGCGAGGUGGGCCUUUCGUUGAUGGAGGUGUUGCGCCGGCGGCAGAAGAAGACGGGCGACGUGCUGGGCCGCUCGCGGCCAGCCAAAAAGGUUGCGAAUGCGAGUUUGGACGACGAGGACGAGGAUGCAGAGGCGCUGCGCGACAUCGCGAGCGAUGACCUCGAGGACGAGGAAGGGGACGAGAUGGGCCCCGAGGAGGAUGAGGAGGAUCUGGAGGGUGUGUGGGACGAGGAGCGGGAGCGUCAAGCUACAGAGUCGUCUCGCAAAGCCGUUGCUGCCGCGUCGGCACAUCGUCCGCAGGUGGAGGAGGUGGAUCGCCGGAAGGCUGGAAAGAAGAUCGAGUCGCACCGCGGUCUCACCAAGGCCCGCCCGAAGGACCGCAAGAACCCUCGCGUGGCGCAGCGGCGCAAGUACGAACGCGGCCUGCAGGUGCACAAGUCGCAGUCGCGCAACUUCCAGGCCGAACCAGAGGGCGGGUUCGUGGGCGUUCGCUCGAUGCGGCCUGGCGUCGUGCGUGGUACAAAAUUGUAG